AUGGCGCCCGCUUCGCAGCUGCAUUUCCUCGAUCUGCCGUCCGAGAUCCGACACGCCGUCUACAAUGCCUACGUCGACGUAGAUGGAGGCUACGUCGUCAAUCCCCGAACCAAUAAGCUUGUCACUGCGACCGGUAAUCAGAAGCACGACUUUGCCCUGCAGCUCACAUGCAAGCAGAUUGCUCGCGAGAUGAGCGGCCUCGCGCUUGGUCGCAAUACGUUGCACUUUAAAGUAGAAUAUUCAGACGAGGAGCGCAUCUCAGCCGCUCGUUUCGAAGCCACCUUGGCCAUCUCCCUAGUUCGCCUCGUUGAGUUUCUUUCACCGGACGAAGAAGGCGGGGUUGACUUCACGCAAGAUAUCGAAGAUGAGGUGGUCGCAGAAUUUCCUCCAAUGCAACCAGUUUUUGAUGCCAUUGACGGUCUCCCUGACACGUACGGCGACCUUCAAGUUAGCGUCGCCGAGGACUUUGCCAUUCCCCUAUCCGUCUUCUUCAAAGCCGGGUGGCGGACCUUUGGACUCGCAGUGGAGCAGGGCUCAAUCCCAAAGACGCAUUCCAUGCUUUCUUAUUCUGAUGCGGAGAGGGCAUAUGCAGCGUCUCAGGAGUUUUGCCCUUGGCAUUAUAAUCCAUCCAGAAAAGACUUUACGAGAAUGUUUGGUAAAGCCAGGAUGAUCCGACGACAAGGUUACCGAUACUGGCUAAAGCCUCACCUCGAUGCAAACGGCAUGCGGCAGUUCACUCAGGGGAAAUACAGGUUCUCUGCUGCAUCCAAGGCUAUACGAUUUCUCUCGCAGUGUCCGGAGCAGCUUAGAAUGCAACUGCGACGCAUUUGCCUUCAUGAGACUUCUCAUAGCGUUGCAUUCCCUGAAUGCCAUGCUCUAGGACUAAUACCCUAUUGCCAAGAAAACCCCCGCCUCUAUGUCGAGCGUCGUGUAAAUAUAUGGAGAACUCUUUUGCAAACAACAUACACAGAUAGCUGCAUUCUGUCCUGGACUCCAGAGAAUGAUUGGCUAUUCUAUACAAAUCCCGAGCAUCAUGGUGGAGAAGAGUCAGCAAAUGGUGCGAGGCUUGCCAGUUAUAGAAUAACACGCGUGUUUUCUCGCUGGGCAAUGGAAGCGCUGGAACUGGUCCGUUCGGGGAUGCCACGGCGCUCCUUCAAAUUGGUUUUCGACGGAGACCCUGCACCGCAGCUAGCCACUCGCUUGUUUCGAGACCUAAUCCAGCGUGAUGCGACUUGGCAGAGGGUACUCGAGGCUUCGUGGGGUGGAGUGGAAGAACAACAUCCCACGGUAGAUAUGUCUUGUAUAAGGUCUCAUCAAGGAGGGUAUUCUUUCGACGGCUUUCCCGACAUGGUAGACGCUAUAGCGAGCAAUACGCAUGAGCUCAUCGAGUGUGCCUUCGAAACAGGGCCCAACCCUUGGGACGAAACAGCUUUGUCCAGGCAAUUUCACUAUUUUCCCCCCGGCCUAGAAAGGCUUGAGGCAGCCUGCCAAACAUUUGCUGACCAGCCUGCCCAAUUCUUCGAUUUACCUCACCCACUGCCAUCGUGGACGGGUCUUUUGGCAGAGAACAUUUUGCCCGAGUAUUUCGAUCCGGAUACAGAAUUGGACCAAGUUGAAGCCGUCGAUCUAUAUAAUGUCCUUGAGGACGUGGAGUCAGAUGCAAACGAGGAUGAUCUUGUCACAGAUAACACUGACACGAGUGACGACGAGGAUGACGCUGCCACGAGUGACGACGAGGGGGGCAGCGAUGGCGAAUCACCUCCCGGCGACGAUUCAGAGGCCGAAAAGGAUGCACGCUCAUACGACGGAAGCGAAACUGAUGAUUAG